AUGCCCCUGACUUGCAUCCUCAGCCUCCGAGUGCCAAAGUAUGGGGCGAUAUUGGAAUUCUUCAACUUCGCCCUUUUACUGUUCACUUUCGUUCUCUGCCUGUCGAAUAAGGAUGUUCAUUCCAUGAAUUUUUGGGAAUAUGUUUUCAUAAUGUUUGGGAUCGCGUUCGCUCUUGAAGAGUAUACAGCCGCAACGGAACACGGAUGGAUAAUCUACAUUGCAAAUAUGUGGAACGUCUUUGACACGUCCUUUGUCGUUAUAUUCUUUUCGUACCUCGCAUUCCGCUUGAAGGGCCUUGCCUACAACGAUGACGAGUCGUCUGAUACGGCUUUUGACCUAUUAGCGAUCGAUGCGUGCAUUUUAUUUCCUCGAUUAGCGUUUUUCGCUGUGUCCAAUCACGUCGUGAUCCUAUCACUUCGAGCUAUGAUUUCACAGUUUGUCUUCUUCUUAGGCAUUGCGGCAACAUGUUUUUCGGGUCUUUUGUUCACUCUUUGGACGUUAGCAAGAGGCGACCACGUAUGGACAAUCAAGUCCAUCUCUUGGCUUAUGGUCCAAAUAUGGUUCGGUAACACCUAUCUGAGCUUCGCUCAAGCUACAAGUUUUCAUCCUCUAUUUGGUCCCAUAUUGAUGACCUGUUUCGCUGCGCUCUCUAAUACGCUUCUGGUUACCAUACUGAUUUCCAUUUUGUCUAAUACUGUUGCUAGAAUUGACGCAAACGCUACUCAAGAGUAUCUGUUUCAGUUCACGAUUUCGACGAUUGAAGGUGUCAAGGCUGAUGCACUCUUUUCCUACCAACCACCGUUCAACAUCUUGGCGUUUCUGAUACUUAAACCUGCUAGCUGGGUGUUGAGUCCUAGGGCUUUGCAUUCCGUCAACGUGCUUCUCAUCAAGCUAACCAAUUUUCCAUUCCUCAUCGUCAUUGCUGUCUAUGAAAGGUAUCUGGCUUCAGGUCAGAAAGUACGCCAAUCAGGGAAAGCUGCUGCCCAGUCGAUAUUCAGCAGUCUUCCGCGGCAAUUUAAACAUGCCCCUCUUGUUGAGGCAUUUGUGGGUUCCGCGUCGGCGGACCUGUACGACGCGAUUUUCGAUGUUGAGGCAGAGCAUGAGAUAGAUUUCGUUGAAGCACCCGACGAUGAGAUACCUAUGCUACGCUCCUUCCAUUCUAGAGAACGCCUAUCGGGUCGUGGAUUAUCCCCGACUCCCGCCCCACCAGCACAGCGACCGUCUAGCAUUCAUGUUUCUCGUACAAAUAACUCCACACCUCAAGGAUCGCCUCUUCCACGUAUAUCAGCCCACUUGGAACCUGAAGUCCCUACCUCUCCUAUUGGUAGACUAUUUACCCGGGAAACAACAGGCACGGCUCAGCUCAAUGCGAGUGUAAAGCGUAUGGAAGCCAUCGUGGAUGAUAUCAAGGAUCCAGUGCACGGGCUUCGAGAGGAGAUCAAGGAGUUACAGGAGCGUCAAAGUCGAAUUGAAAGUCUUUUGUUGACUUUGACACGCGGAAUGCGAAGCGCUAGUAACUAA